AUGCCUGCCGAGCAGCAACAGGUCGAGGCGAGGUCCCUCGCCGCCAUCAACUACCUUGCCGCGAACCCUCCGCAAUAUCCCGUCAACCCGACCGAGGAGAAGCAGGAACCACUCACGCUGUACAUCUCUAGGGUGCCUGGUACUCGAGAUGUGAUCCUGUCUACUCUGAAGCCGCAGCGCAAGAACGUCACGGCAGAGGACGUCGCCAACUCGCUCUACUACAUCCACCUGGACCAGCCUGCCGACGACCACCUGCUCGCCUCCGAUGCGACCAGAGACCAGCACUCGCCGAGGGCGAGCGGCGAGAUGGCGAGGGAGCCGCCACCACCCGUCACAACUAUCCAGAGGAAACCCGUGCCCUCUGCUGCUGCUGCUGCUGCUACCAAGUUGCCCCAGCCGGAGACACCAGCACCCGAGGCCGCGACCCAAGACGCGCCGAUCGAACCUGCACCGCCAACACCACCACCGAAACAGGAUGACGGCGUGCCCAUUCCGGAAUCUUCAAACCUCGUCCCGCCGGGCUUCAAGCUCGAGCGCGGGCCCAGCAUGGACGGCAUCUCCGACCCCUCGGCUCCCAACUUGCCCCCGCGCCCGCCCCCGGGCUACGUCGCGCCGAUCCCCCGGAAGCCACUCGGGCCGCGCGCUAUGAACGCGCCCGCGAUACUGGACCCGGAGGCAGCGCAGAAUGCACCACCGCCACUCUCUGCAGCAGCGGACAGCCACGGAGCGCAGUCAUCGUCGUUCGCGCCCCCGCGCACCCUCAGCCCUUCGAAGCCUUACACCCAGAGCCCGCUGGGCUUCGCGACCCCGCGCUCGCCCUCGCCGUCCAAGGCCCUGCCAUUCACCCUGACGCUGAUCCGCCGCGACCGGGCGGCGGGCCACCAGUGGAACGUAGGCAAGAUCUCGUCGUACCAGCUCAACGAGCCGCUCCCGCCCGCCUCCCAGCACCACGACGAACGAGGUGGUGGCGGCGGCCACCACCACCACCAUGCGGACCCGCCGCCGCCCAACGCCCUGCAGGCGGCUAAGCAGCCCACGAUCAACAUCCACAUCGAGACGUCCGGGUACGCCAAGUUCCGCGGGUUCCCGGCCCUGACGCAGAGCCUGGACCAGCUGAAGCUCAGCCUCGACUCGUCGGCGUCAUCGUCGGCGGCUGCCGCUGCUGCCGCUGCCCCCGGCCAGCCGCGCCUCAACGCCAAGAACGUCGAGGAUCUGCUUGCCGCCGCCGCGGCUGCGGCAUCGGGUGGGAACAGCAGCAGCAAUAAUGCUUUUUCUUGGUCGGCGGAGGAGGGGUUCGCGAGGCAGGUCGCCAUGGCGUACACCAAGUCGUGGUCGUCCAACUUCAAGGACGCGCUGCACCGGAGGGGCCGGUCGAGCAGCCUGGACGGCCCUGGCGGGGGGUCGGCGGACGAGAAUCCUUCGUCGUCUUCGCCGCAGCGGCAGCAGCAGCAGCAGCGGCACGGUCGGCACGGUAGCGUCGCGUCGACGGGAUCCGCGGAGGACGGCGGCGGCGGUGGCGGUGGCGGUGGUGCUGUGGCAGACGACGGCAGCAACAUGCUCAUCACGCGGCCCGGCCCGGGGCUCAAGCCCAAGGGGUACUUCUUCGCCAGCCCGUGGGACGGGCGGUGCGAGUUCCGGACGGGCAACGGCGGGCGCAGCCUCAAGUGCCGGCACGUCAUGGGGUCUGCGUCGGGCGGUGCCGGCGGCGGCGGCGGCGGCGGGAUGAACCCGCUCGUGUUCGCGCAGGGCCUGCGGGACGGGCAGUCGCUGAGCGCGGCGGCGACGGGCGGGCGGGCCAGGGGCGGCUCGCUGAGCAGCGUCAUCACGGGCGCGGUGGCGGUCAGCGAGCUGCGGUUCAACCUGCCCAGCGCCGAGAUCUUCAAGACGCGCAAGGACCCGCGCGAGCCGCUGAGCCGGUUCGAGAAGUUCCUCAAGCUGGACCAGACGGCGGGCGGGAGGAGGAUGAUGACGGCUGGAGGUGGAGGCGCGGGGGCGCAUGGGAGGAGCAGCAGCGAGGAUGACGGGUGGGGAGCAGGGGAGUCCUUCUCCGAGGAGGUCGUCGAGGAUGAUGGGGCCGGCGGCGGGAUCGGCGGGAUCGGGGACCUGGGCAGGGAGAAGGCCGGGGGUGGGAACAGGGGCAAGAGGGCGAAGCUGGGCAAGCUGAUUGUCUACGACGAGGGGCUCAAGAUGCUGGACCUCGUUGUCGCUGCCAACAUGGGGAUUUGGUGGGGGGCUUGGGAGAGGAGUUUCUGA